CGCUCCCUGGACACCCCCAACCCCCGGGGGGUGUUCGUGAUGUGCCUCCCCCCCCCCAACGUCACCGGGUCCCUGCACCUGGGCCACGCCCUGACCGUGGCCAUCCAGGACACGCUGACCCGCUGGCACAGGAUGAGGGGUGUGACCACGCUCUGGGCCCCGGGCUGUGACCACGCUGGCAUCGCCACCCAGGUGGUCGUGGAGCGGCGCCUGCUGCGCUCGCGGGGCCUCACCCGGCACCAGCUGGGCCGGGAAACCUUCCUGGGGGAGGUGUGGAGAUGGAAGGAGGAGAAGGGCGACCGCAUUUACCAGCAGCUGCGGCGCCUGGGGGCCUCCAUGGACUGGGAGCGCGUGGGCGUGGCUGGGUCACGUGGCCCAGGUGGGCGUGGCCAGGCCCAGGUGAGUCCCUGA